UUUUCUUUUAAGGCCAAAAGAAGAAGCUAAAGCACUCUAUGCAUUUAGCUUCCUCUUGAGGCCUUUUCUUUUUAUUUUAUUUUCAAUUCCCUCUCUUUUAAAUCACACACAAAAAAAGAGAAAAAAAUGACUAAACCUUUGCUCCUUUGUUAUAGAAGAAUGGUUCAUUUGAAUAUGAAAAGGAAAAUUAUAUGCAAAUUUACAAUUUUGCAAAAAUAUUUGAAUUCAUUUUGGAAUAAAAUUCUCGCUUGUUGGUUAGGUAAGUCUAUUAAUUAUAGACAAUUGUCACACAAUCAAUCUUUUCCGACCGCCACUAGGAUGCCAUCUCCGCCUACUGGGGUGGAGACGGCGUCCGACGGAGGGUUUUCAGGGAAUUUGGCAUCCACAUGUUGUUGUGAUCAUUCUAAAGAUUCAUCUGAGAAUGUUGUUGCAUUGAAGAUUAGCCUUUUGGGUGAUAAUCAAAUUGGAAAGACAAGUUUCUUGACAAAGUAUGUAGGAAAAGAACAAGUAGAUGAAGGAUUGUCAACCAAAGGAUUAAAUCAGAUGGACAAAACUUUGUGUGUGAGAGGGACAAGAAUCUCAUAUAGCAUGUGGGAAGUUAAAGGUGAUGUUUCUGGCCCAACUCAAAUUCCAAUGGCUUGUAAGGACUCUGUUGCUAUGUUUUUCAUGUUUGAUCUCACAAGUCGAUGUACACUCAGUAGUGUCCUUAGCUGGCAUCAACAAGCACGUCAAUGGAAUCAGACAGCAAUUCCUGUAAUGAUAGGGACAAAGUUUGAUGAUUUUGUGAAAUUGCCAUUGGAUCUGCAAUGGACAAUUGCAAGUCAGGCAAGAGCAUAUGCAAAGGCACUAAAUGCACCAUUAUUCUUCUCAAGUGCAACUUACAACAUUAAUGUGAACAAGAUCUUCAAGUUCAUCACUGCUAAGCUCUUCAAUUUACCAUGGUCAUUGGAGAGAAAUCUCACAAUUGGUGAACCAAUCAUUGACUUUUAGGUUUUCUCUUAUUUUUUGUAAUUAAAAAAAGAAAAAAGAAGAAAAAAAGAAGAAAGUUUGCUUUUUUUUAAUUGUUAAUUGUAGAUAGAUAUAUGAGAGAAUCCAAAAGAUUCCGAGAGAAGGAAAUGAAGAUUCACAUAACCAACCGGUCACUGGGAAAUUCUUUGCACCCAGUGAAAAUUCGGGUUGUCUUCAUUUGACAUUUUAUGCAUUGGAGAAAAUAUUUCCAUUUUCUUUUUCUCAUUUUCUUUUGAAAGUGCACAAUGGUAUUGUAAUUUGCUAGUUUGUAAAAGUUAUAAUUUAUUAGCAAUAUCCAUGGAUUUCGAUUUAGAAGUCAAUAAAGUGAGAUGAAAAGCA